GUGCUCAGGAGUUACUCCUGGCAGUGCUCCGGGGACCAUAUGCAGUUCCAGGGAUCUAACUUGGGUUGGCCACAUGUAAGGAUGGAACUCACAGAGUAUGCUGAGCUCUUGAAAGAAUCUGGCAACAAGGUUUUUAAGAAUGGAAACUUCUCUUUGGCCAUCACAAAGUACGAUGAAGCCAUCCAGGUUCUCCUGCAGUUAUACCAGUGGGGGGUUCCCCCCAAGGACGUGGCUGUGCUGCUGUGCAAGAAAUCCAAUGCCUUUUACAGCCUUGGGAAGUGGAACGAGGCAUUUAUGGCUGCCAAGGAGUGUCUCCAGUGGGAUCCGACCUACGUGAAGGGAUAUUACCGAGCUGGUUACUCAUUGUUGCGUCUGCUCCAGCCUUAUGAAGCUGCUCGCAUGUUUUUUGAGGGUCUGCGUCUUUUACAGGGCAGUCACGACCAGACACAGGUUGCGGAUUUCCUUGUGGGAGUCUUCACCACUAUGGGCACUGAUCCUGUUAUUUUGCAAAGUUUCUUGCCCUGCUUUGAUCGUAUUUUCACUAUUGGCUUCUCAACGGAAAUGUGGCAGUUCAUAAUAGAAAAACUGGCAAAGAAAGGAUUAUGGCAUUCAUUUCUACUUCUCUCAGCAAAAAAAGAUCGACUGCCGAAAAAUAUCCAUGUCCCAGAGUUGUCACUGAAAAGUCUCUUUGAGAAAUAUGCCUUCAUUGGACUGUAUGAGAAAAUGGAGCAGGUUCCCAAGUUAGUCCAGUGGCUCAUCUCCAUUGGUGCAAGUAUUGAGAGUAUAGGACCAUACCCGCUUCAUGCUCUCAUGCGACUCUGUAUCCAAGCAAGGGAAAACCAUCUUUUCAGGUGGCUCAUGGAUCACAAGCCCGAGUGGAAAGGCCGCAUCAACCAGAAGGAUGAAGAUGGCUGCACUGUCCUGCAUAUGGUGGCCACCCACGCCCCAGGGCACCUACUUAAGCGACAAACAGAGGGUGUUCAGAUGCUCCUGCGCUUUGGGGCAGACCCCACCCUGUUAGACGGACAGUCCCGUUCCGUUGUGGAUAUCCUGAAGAAGAAUAAGAACUUCAAAGCCAUUGAGAAGAUCAACAGUCACUUGGAGAAGCUAGCUGCAUGUUCUAAGGACCUAUCAGGACUGAACAAUUGUGAUGGACCUACUAGUGAAAGUGACAUUUUCCGGAAGGCCUCGGAGCAGCUGGUGAAAUACUUCAGCUCAGGAAACUGGUUAUUGCCUAAAAACUUUCAAAAGCACGAAGUGGUUCAGAGAUUCUUGCGCCUCCUUUCUUCUUUGCAAGAAAUUCCUCCCGACCUGUUCUGUGACAUUAAUCAUGACUGUGCCAACGCCUUCAUCAAGUUUUUACUAGAAAGACACAAGUGGCCGGAAGUGCUACUGCUGCUGACUCGCAAAGUGAGUGGGGAGCCCCCGCUCGGAGAUUUUGUCCUCCGAGCCUGCUGCUUCUCGGACCUUGACCUCUGCUCUGUCAUCCCGCACCUCAGCACUUGGGACCACCGGAGGACCCUGCUUCUGGACCGCCUGAUCGAUGGAGGAGCCUUGCCUGAGGGUCUCCAGGAAAGACCCCUCUCUGUGUGCCUCGAACACGAAGACUUCGAGUUGGCUUUUGUUCUGCUGAACCGGGGUGCAGACCCGCACUUCCUCUCUCUCACGGAAGGCGAUACGCCUCUGCAUGCAGCACUCCACAUCUUCUUAGACAUCCAAGUCAACAUCGGUUUUAACUUGCUCAGCUACCUGUUGGAUCUAUUCUGGUACAACCCCACUGAAUUUGACUACCUCAACCCCAACGUCCAGGAUAGCAAUGGAAAUACCUUAAUGCACCUCCUCUUCCAGAAGGGGAAGAUGAAGCACACAAGGAAACUCAUAGAGCUGCUGGCAAGGUUUGACAUUAACUUGAACCUGAAGAACAAGGAAGGAAAAGAUGCACGCCAUCGGAUCAAGAAGAACGAUUCUUUGCUUUUGACCUGGAACAAAGCGGUGACAGAGAACAGGCGGAAGGUCCGGCAGGACCCUGCUGCUCAGCCCCCAGGCAGGUUCCCGAGGCAGGGCACCCCUGGGCACCCGUCACUCAAGGGCCAAGGCUCGUUCAAGUCCCCACCGUGCUCUGAAGAGGCUGAGGUCCCGGACAGCUGGGAAAGUCUUCCUGAAGCCCAGCUGAGCAGGCCAGAGACCGGAGACGCCAGCUCCUGCUCUCUGAGAGACCGCCUUGUGCAGGAUAUCACGGUUUUGAUUCAGCAGGUUGAACUGGAGACAUCCCUGCAAGAGGACUGUCCUCAGAGCUCCAAGCCUUGCAAGGCAGGGACUGGCGCAGAAGUAAAGAGAAACAAGCUCCAGCAAACCCUGGGGUUGGGGGCCACAAACUGUGGCGAGGAUGACCCCACUGCCCUUGAGGUAGUGGGGGGCUGUGGCCAGACAGGCCCGCUUCUUCCUGCCUGCCUCCUCAGGAAAGAGGGCAGUGAGGACCAGGACGACUGGGGCAUGCAGGAGAUUGAGGCUUGUCUCCAGGACUUUGACAACAUGACAUGGGAGAUCGAGUGUACUUCCGAAAUGCUCAAAAAACUGUCCAGCAAGGCCAUGACGAAGGUCAUAAAGAAGAAGAUCAUCCUGGCCAUCCAGCAGCUGGGGAACGGUGAGUGGACUCAGGGCCUACAGAAACGGCUGAAGCAUCUGAAGGGAAACAUCCAGCUCUUUGAGGCCAAACUCGACAAAGGAGCCCGGAUGCUGUGGGAGCUGGCCAUCGACUUCUCCCCACGCUGCAGCGAGAACCCGGAGAAGAUCUUCGCCACAGAGCGGAAUGUGCAGCCCAUGGAGAAGUCGGGACGGGUCUACACAGAAAUCAUUCGCAUCUGGGACAUCGUGCUGGAUCACUGCAAACUAUCCGACUCCAUUAGGGCCAUCUGCAGUGCCUACGACCGGGGCUUCUCCUGUGUCCUGAGAAAAAAGCUGAAGGGCAUCAACAAAGGCCGGGUAUCAGCCAACAAGAAAAUCCAGAAGCGGAUCCCGCGCUGCUAUGUGGAGGACACAGAGGCAGAGAAGAGCAGGGAACACAUGAAUACCGAGUACUUCCCGCCCGCCAGCUCAGUGGAUACAGAAUACAACAUCAUGAAGUUUCACAGUUUCAGCACCAACAUGGCCUGCAACAUCCUCAAUGACAUGACGGCCACGGUGGAGUACCCGUUCCGCGUGGGCGAGCUGGAGUACGCUGUGAUUGAUCUCAACCCUCGGCCGCUGGAGCCCAUCAUCCUCAUUGGCCGCAGUGGCACUGGGAAGACCACUUGCUGCCUCUACCGACUGUGGAAGAAGUUCCACGUGUACUGGGAGAAAGCCGAUCAGGCAGGCAGUCCGCUCCUCACCAAGCCAAUCCUGCCUAGGAGAAGGUUGGAAGUGGAAGCCAGGAAGGAAGGCCCUGGUGCAGAGGAGGAGGAAGAGGAGGAGGAAGAGGAAGGCUCCAUUGAAGUGGAAAUAUCAGACAGCAUAGAGGAGGAACAGGAGAGUGAAGCUGGGGCAGGGGGAGGCAGUGGGGAGCCAGCAGGGCACAGCCAAGAGGUGGACAUAGGUGCCGAUGAGCUGCCCCAACAGCUGGAGCAUUUGCAUCAGAUCUUCGUGACCAAGAACCACGUCCUGUGUCAGGAGGUGCAAAGGAAUUUCAUUGAGCUUUCCAAGUCCACCAAGGCCACCAGUCAUUACAAACCCUUGGAGUCCAAUGUCUACAAGCUCCAGGACCUGCGGGAUGAGAAUUUCCCUCUGUUUGUCACCUCCAAGCAGCUGCUUCUCCUCCUGGACGCCUCACUGCCCAAACCCUUCUUCCUGAGGAAUGAAGACGGCAGCUUGAAAAGAACGAUUGUGGGGUGGUCCGCUCAGGAGGAGCUGAGCAUCCCCAAUUGGCAAGAGGACGAAGAGGAAGCCGAGAUGGACGGCGACUGCGGGGAGGAGGAUAAAGCCGCAGAAGCACGCGCAGGUGACAGUGAUCCCCGGGUGUAUGUGACAUUCGAAGUGUUCACCAAUGAAAUAUGGCCCAAAAUGGUCAAAGGGAAAACCUCCUAUAACCCUGCUCUCAUCUGGAAGGAAAUAAAGUCUUUUCUGAAGGGGUCUUUCGAGGCCCUCAGUUCCCCCCAAGGGAGUCUCACAGAAGAAGCAUAUAAGAAAUUAGGGCGGAAACGGUCCCCCAAUUUCAAGGAAGACCGGAGCAAGAUCUAUAAUCUCUUCUGCCUCUAUCAGCAGAUCAGAUCUCAGAAAGGUUAUUUUGAUGAAGAGGAUGUUCUGUACAACCUGUCGUGCAGGCUGUCGAAGCUCAAGGCACUCCCGUGGUCCAUCCACGAGCUGUACGGCGAUGAGAUUCAGGACUUCACCCAGGCUGAGCUGGCGCUGCUGAUGAAAUGCAUCAAUGACCCCAAUGCCAUGUUCCUCACCGGGGACACGGCCCAGAGCAUCAUGCAGGGUGUGGCCUUUCGCUUCAGCGACCUGCGCUCUCUGUUCCACUAUGCCAGUAGGAACACCACUGACAAGCAGUGUGCUGUCCGGAAACCCAAGAAGAUCCACCAGCUGUACCAGAAUUACAGGUCCCACUCGGGAAUCCUCAAUCUAGCCUCUGGAGUGGUGGAUUUGCUUCAGUUCUACUUCCCAGAAUCUUUUGAUCGCCUUCCUAGAGAUUCUGGCCUCUUUGAUGGCCCCAGACCCACUGUCCUGGAGUCCUGUAGUGUAAGUGACUUGGCAAUUCUGCUACGAGGGAACAAAAGGAAAACCCAACCCAUUGAAUUUGGAGCCCACCAGGUAAUCCUUGUAGCUAAUGAAACUGCAAAGGAGAAAAUUCCAGAAGAGUUGGGGUUGGCACUUGUGCUAACAGUUUAUGAAGCAAAAGGCUUAGAAUUUGAUGAUGUCCUCCUUUACAACUUUUUCACCGAUUCUGAGGCUUACAAGGAAUGGAAGAUCAUUUCCUCAUUUACUCCUUCAUCAUCGGACUUCCAAGAGAACCAGCCACUGAUUGAAGUGCCCCUGGAAAAGCCCAGCUCCUCUCAGGGGCGGUCUCUCACAGUGAAUCCAGAAAUGUACAAGCUCCUCAAUGGAGAGCUGAAGCAACUGUACACGGCCAUCACAAGGGCUCGGGUCAACCUCUGGAUCUUUGAUGAAAACCUGGAGAAGCGGGCCCCUGCGUUCAGGUAUUUCACUAGAAGAAAUUUUGUCCAAGUUGUGAAGACAGAUGAAAAUAAAGACUUUGAUGAUAGCAUGUUUGUUAAGACCUCAACCCCUGAAGAGUGGAUCGCACAAGGAGAAUACUACGCUAAACACCAGUGCUGGAAGGUUGCAGCCAAAUGUUACCAGAAAGGCGGCGCCUUUGAAAAGGAGAAACUGGCGCUGGCCCACAACACCGCCCUGAACAUGAAGUCCAAGAAAGUCAGCCCCAAGGAAAAGCAGAUGGAGUACCUGGAGCUGGGGAGGACGUAUCUCGAGUGCAGCGAGCCCCUGCUGUCUCUGAAGUGUCUGAGCUACGCCAAGGAGUUCCAGCUCUCUGCCAAGCUGUGUGAGAGGCUGGGGAAGAUAAGAGAUGCCGCCUACUUCUAUAAGCGGAGCCAGUGCUACAAAGACGCUUUCAGAUGCUUUGAGCAGAUUCAGGAAUUUGAUCUGGCACUCAAAAUGUACUGCCAAGAGGAGCUUUUUGAAGAAGCGGCUAUUGCAGUAGAAAAGUAUGAAAAAAUGCUGAGGGCUAAGACCCUUCCCAUAUCUAAGCUCUCCUAUUCUGCAAGUCAGUUUUACUUGGAGGCUGCCGCCAAGUAUCUGAGUGCAAACAAGAUCAAGGAAAUGAUGGCUGUGCUUUCCAAGCUAGACAUAGAAGAUCAGCUUGUAUUUCUGAACUCUCGGAAAAGGCUGGCGGAAGCAGCAGACCUGCUGAAACGGGAAGGCCGGAGAGAAGAGGCCGCUCUGCUGAUGAAGCAGCACGGCUGUCUCUUGGAGGCAGCCCGGCUCACCGCCAACAAAGACUUCCAGGCCUCGUGUCUACUGGAAGCCGCCCGCCUCAACGUGGCCAGGGACUUGGAUGUAGAACACACCAAAGUCAUUCUGAGAGAAGCCCUGGACCUCUGCUAUCAAACCAAUCAGCUGUCUGGCAUCGCCGAGGCCCAGUUUCUGCAGGGCGUCAUCCUGAGAGACUUCCAGAAGCUCAAGGAUGCCUUCUACAAGUUUGACACCCUCAACCACCCAGCUGGUGUGGUGGAAGUGCUCUAUGAAGCUGCCAGCCAGUGUGAGGAUGAGCCUGAGAAGGUUCUGGCCCUGGCUCCUGCCGGCUUGACCGUCCUCCUCAAUCUUGUCCGGGCCCUCAAAAGAGUCAGUAACAAUGCUGAGAAGGAAAUGGUCAAAUCUUGCUUUGAGUUUUUCGGGUUUUCUCAGGUGGAUUCCAAGUAUUGGCAGAUAGCUCAGAGUGAUCCCGGGCCUAUAUUAAGAAUAAUUUUUGACCUGGAUUUGAACUUGAAAGAGAAGAAAACAAAAGAUCAUUUCUUGGUAAUGACUGACCAGGUAAAAUUAGCCCUCAACAAGCACCUUUUGAGUAGACUGUGUCAGAUUACACAGAGCCUGCUUGGGAAGGCCUACCCUGGGGUCUGCAUGAGGUUUAUCGUGGGUUUAAAAUGUGAGGAUGAAAACUGUGAGGAUUUCCACAGGCCUCUGAGACGCUGUGAGGCCAAGUGUUUGGUUCAGUCAAAAAUGCACCUGGUGGCCAUCAACGGGUUGCUUUUGGAAGCCAAAAAAUUAUUCCCUAAAAUCUUAGCUGAGGAACUUGAAGAAAUCGAUUAUAUUUUGUCUGCCGACAUGUAUGGCCUUUGCAAAUCCUUCCUGAACGUCCUCUUCCCCAAGCACUUCCAUCAGAGAGUGCUGUCAGAAAACCCCAUGGCAUGCAAAGAAAUCCUCAAGCCAAAUUACAAAUCCUUCCGAGCCUAUCGGCUUGCCCUGAAAGAGUACAUCCACUUCCUGUUCCAAAACGAAAGGGCCCGGAGCCGCCGUGAGUCCACAGACCUGUGGCUGAGCGCCAUGCAGACUUUCCUUCUGUCCUCCAACUAUCCAGAGGAGUUUGAAAAGCUGCUGCACCAGGAGGAGGACAACUAUAACCGGGAGCUCAGAGCCCUUGAGUCUGAGAAAGAGGACAGGGGCCGCGGCAGAGGUGGCAGGAUGAAGGGCAUUGAAGGGAAGUUUGGCAUGCUGGUGCCCAACAAGGAGGACGAGAGUGCUGAGAAGACCCACCUGUGCUUCAUCCGGCUGCUGGAGAACUGCAUUGACCAGUUCUACGUGCACAGAGACCCGGAAAACUAUAAGAGGCUUUUUUUCCGUUUCAUGAAUGUGCUCGUCAGAAGGUGCAAAGAGCCACUCAUCCCCAGCAUUGGAAACACAGUGGCCUUGCUGGAGUUCCAGUUCAUCCACUGCGGGGCAGUCCUCGCCCGCCUCUGGAAGAACGCCAUCUUGUGCCUGCCCAAGAGCUACAUAGCGCUCUUACACUACUGGGAGUUCCUGUUCAGCAAGAAGGAUAAGGAGUUUGGGGACGUGUUCUCCAUCAUUCAGGACUACAAGCCCAAGGACGUGACCAAAGCCAUCCAGGAUUUCCGGUUCCACCUCUCCUACCUCGUUAAGGUGCUAUGUGGCUACGAGAAUAUAAACUUCAAUGUCCUGCUUGAUGCCUUUAGUGAAAUAGACUAUGUGGUCUCAGGUGAGGCCGAGCGGACCCUGGUGCUGAGCUUGGUGAUGCUGGUGAACGCUGAGGAGGUGCUGCAGCCAUCCUGCAAGUCCUUUCUGUACCACCACUUCCAGGAGAUCGACACAAGGCUGCAGCUGAUGACCCUAGACUGGCCAGACCAGGUUCCAGAGAGGCUCCGCAAAGUGGUGAAGCGGGUGCUGAUGGCUGCCAACGCCAAGUCGGUGGCAGAGGCACUGCAAGACCUGCUCUUUGAGCGGGAUGAGGAGUACCUGAUGGACUGCCACUGGCGGUGGGACAACGCACACACCAAAGGCCCCGUGGUCCGUGGCCUGUACCACGAGGAAGUCAGGCUGAACCGCCUGCUCUGUGUGGGCCCCAUGGACUACUUUCCGGAGCCAGAGUGUGAGUUUGGUCAGGAAGAGAUGGAUGAGCUGGCGUUAGAAGACCGAGACCACCUCCUGGCUGCCAUCCUCUCCCAGAUGCAGCGGAAGGCAAACGUCCAGCGGAAGCUGAGAAAGGUAUGCCUGGUGGUCUCGCUGUGCAUCCGGUGGAGGCGAAGGGUGAGCGCCCCAACCGAGUGCUUCCUGGAGGAGACCAGGGAGCCCGCGACCAGGCACUUCAAAAAAGCCGACGUGGACAGAACACAGUGUGACCUGUGCGGGGUGAAGUUUGCUCGUGGCCCUGAGGGCUAUUUCAACCCUGGGAAAGCACUCGAGGGAGCCAUUUCUGAGGAUGUGGUCCUUUCCAGGGGGGACCUGGAAGGCAAGGAAGUCCGGGAGAGGAAUAGUGAGUCUUACGAGCAGCACAUCCACCUCGAUGGCCACCAGAGGCAACAAGUGGCCUACCAGAAGUACUUCGAGUUUUUCUGCGACAAGGUGGACCCCGCCAUCGAGGAAGGCAGGUUGGUGGUGCAGGACAUAGAGCAGAGUGUGUGGGUCCACAGCCACCUGGGCUCCAAAGAGCACAGCCACAUGCUGCAGCGGAAGGUCCAGGAGAACAUCCAGAAGGUCUCAGACAUGGUGGAGGACCUAUACAAGCGGAAGGCCUGGGCUGGCGCGGAGGUGGGCAUGACUCGGCUGAUCAAUAGCCUGAUCCUGUCAGUCAGGGACGCACGGGAGUGGCUGAUGAAGACAGAACUCCACUUAAAGGAGGAAGGAAUCGUUCAGGAAGAUGAUUAUGAAAAUGAAAUUGAAGACUUUGGUGAACUUCGUCCUAGGAGACGCUGGCGGAAAUUUGCAAGACAGAGAAGAUACUGAGGGCCACAAAGCUGCUGCCUCCUAAACCUUCAAACCAUCCUGCCUUGGAGUUUUGAGUGCGGAGGCAGAGAGAAAAAGAAUGUACAUCGAAGUAGGGGAGUCUAUC